AGACAGGUAGAACCAGCAAGACUUCACAAUAUCAGCAAAAAUCACAAUAUUAGUGAGUGAGUUGUCCAGACUCUAUACAAUUUACCUUUCACUUCAUUUUUACAAUCUCUGUAUGUAAUUGGCUUUUAUAUUGUUUCUUUUUUGUAGAUUGUUGUUUAUUGAUAAUUAUUUAAUUACUACAUCAUUAUAUUGUUUGCUGAUUAAACACCGUGAUCAUUAAUGAAUCUUUUGUUUAUAAAUUGAAAGGGGGUCAACUAUGGUUAUUGUAAACCAGGUUCCUUGUGUCCCGCAUCUUUGUGACAUCUCUUGUCAUCUAAAAAAAGAUAAUCGUUCAUCAAUUUCAACUUCACUUUGUGUUCAUCAUUUCUUGUCAUUUACUUCUUAUUUCACUUAUUUCUUGUACUUCUCAUCUUUGCUUGCGGUUUUGCUCAUCAAAGGAACAUGAGAGCUGGUUAUCAGCUUUUAACAUCAGAUCGCCAUUCUUCACUUACUCACUUUUCCUCAGCAAUCACGUCAACUGAUGGAUCUCUCAUAUUUGAGGCUAUUUUUUGUAUUAAUUACAUUCACCUCUUGCAUCAAUAUAAAACCCUUCAGUUGUAAAAAUAAUUUUGUAUACACGGACCAAUUUGUCCUUCAUCUUGAUGGACCACCUGAAGUUGCAAAAGAAGUUGCUGCCAAACAUGGUUUUAUAUACUUGGACAAAAUUUUUGAUAACUACUAUCAUUUAAAGCACAAAAGAAAAUUCAAACGCUCAACCCAACCCAGUCAUAAUAUUAGUGAAAUUUACAAGGAACCAUAUGUAAACUCGUUAACUCAUCUUCCCGUAAAGAAACGAUCCAAACGAGAUCUUAUUAGAACUUCUUUGUAUUCUAGAAGUGUUGAAACUCUAGACAAAUUUAAUGAUCCUCAUUGGUUACAAAUGUGGUACCUUAAUAGAGGAAAUGGGCUUGACAUGAAUGUUCAAAAAGUUUGGGAUCAAAAUAUAACUGGUAAAGGAGUUGUCGUUACUAUUUUAGAUGAUGGCCUUGAAGGAGAUCAUCCAGAUCUUGUUGAGAAUUACGACCCUCGAGCAAGUUACGAUGUUAACAAUUCAGAUGAAGAUCCAACUCCUCGUUAUGAUAUAAUCGAUUCAAAUAGACAUGGAACUCGAUGUGCUGGUGAAGUAGCUGCAAUGGCAAAUAACAACAAAUGUGCAGUUGGAGUUGCUUAUCAUGCAAAAGUUGGUGGUGUCAGAAUGUUGGACGGUGAUGUUACUGAUGCCGUUGAAGCUCGUUCAAUUGGAUUUGCUUCUGAUCAUAUUGAUAUAUAUUCUGCUUCUUGGGGACCUGAUGAUGACGGUAAAACAGUUGAUGGACCGGGUGAACUUGCGGCUCGUGCAUUUGCUGAUGGAGUCAGCAAAGGUCGUAAAGGCCUUGGCUCCAUUUUCAUUUGGGCAUCUGGUAAUGGGGGCCGAGAACACGACAAUUGUAACUGUGACGGUUACACAAACUCAAUUUGGACUCUUUCCGUUAGCAGUGCCACUGAAAAUGGUCAAGUCCCUUGGUAUAGUGAAGCUUGCUCUUCAACCUUGGCUACAACUUAUAGUAGUGGAUCAAUAGGAGAAAGACAAAUUGUAACUACAGAUUUACAUCAUGGUUGCACAAUUUCCCACACUGGAACGUCAGCUUCUGCUCCACUGGCUGCUGCUAUAGCUGCCCUUGCCUUGGAAGCAAAUCCUAACUUAACAUGGAGGGAUAUGCAGCAUAUUGUUGCAAUGACUUCAAGGCCUGCAAAUUUACGAGCUCCAGAUUGGAAAACUAAUGGAGUUGGUCGCAAAGUCAGUCAUUCAUUUGGCUAUGGAUUGAUGGAUGCUGCCGCAAUGGUUGAUCUGGCCAAAGUUUGGGUCUCUGUUCCUGAACAAAAAAGUUGUGAAAUACCUUCUAAUCUUAGUGAUAAAUUAAUUCCAUCAAAAAGUUAUGUUGAAAUGUCGUUAAAUGUUAAUUGUAACAAUGUACUUUUCUUGGAGCAUGUUCAAGCCAAAGUUAAUCUUUCAUCCACUCGUAGAGGUGAUAUCCACAUUUAUCUUACAUCACCAUCAGGCACUCGAUCAACUUUACUUGAACAACGACCUAUGGACACUUCACAUUCUGGUUUUCAAGAUUGGCCUUUUAUGACCGUCCAUAGCUGGGGUGAAAAUCCUAAUGGUGUUUGGAAACUUGAAGUACACAAUGAUGGAAAAUAUCCUUACAAUCGAGCUUUCUUAAAAGGAUGGACAAUGGUUUUGUAUGGAACUAAAAUUAACCCUGAUCGACGAAUAGCUAAAAGCACUAAUACAAAUUCGCAAGAGAAUAAAUUUGCUCAUAAUCUUGAGUCAAAUUUAACAAAUUCAACUGAACCUUUUCCAUCUCAGCUUAAUUUUGGACUUAAUGGAACUCAAAAAAUAGUGAACCCGCCUUUGACUGCCAAUGAAGUAGAAUCUUCCCAAAAUGAUAAUUCAAUAUCAAAUCUUCGUGAUGAUUCCAAAGGCAUAUUUAUCUCUCAUCGGACACGAGAAAAUUCACAUCCCAAAAGCAAGUUAAAUUCACAAGAAUCAGAUUCCAGUCCAGGAUGUAGUGUACAAGAUAAUAACUCUCGGUGUCUAGCAUGUAAACCAGAUUAUAUUCUUUACGAUAGCAAUUGUGUCACUCAAUGUCCGGCAGGUUUUUACAAGGAACAGAUAGUUACAGAGCUCCAAAAUCCAUCGUUUAUUUGUAUAAAAUGCUAUUACAAUUGUUUGACCUGUAACGGCCCGAAUGACAAUAAUUGUACUUCAUGCCAUGGUGAUUCCCUUAUCAAUCGUAAUGGUCAUUGUGAUUCUAAAGACUUGACUGCUCAAAUCAUUCUACUUGAACGUUUUUAUUCCAUGGUUACAAUUGGCUUCAGCUUUUUAUGCCUCAUCACCUUAUCAUUUGUUCUGUACAUCAUUAUAGACAAGCACCCAAAUUUACUGAAAUGCUGCUCCAAGAAUCGUCGAUCAACAACUCGUUUUUAUGAUGGUUUUAUUCCCCAAGAAGAACCAAGAAAUCCGUCAAAUUUUCUUCGUCUCAAGUCAAUACGAAAUUUGAAGACAUUUUAUUCUCAUUUAAGCGAGGAAGAAAAUGAUCGAUGAUUUAUUAAUUUGGAAAUUAACCCUUCAUAUCAUCCCAAUCAUCCUUUUUUAACAGCUAUAUGAUCGUGUUGAAAUUGCGGAAUGGGUAACCAAAAGGCAUCUAUUUUUUUAACUAAUCUGUGCCCAUCUGCAAUAGCUUUGUAUAAAACACUUUUUCUCAAUCAAUCUCAGUCAACAAUCAAAACAUGUCCACUGAUGAUUCCAGAUUUUA